AUUAUCCAACCAAAAAUACUUACCCAAAACUCAGCUACGGACAUUACAUUUCAAAGCAACUCUCUUUAACUUAGUAACACAAAAAUGAGCACCUUUACAAAUCCUGCAACUUUGUUACAUCCAAAAAUCACCAUAACCAAAACUCAUCACACAAAAUACAACACAUUACCCAAAAUCCAAGCAAACUUAUCAGCUGAUGAAGAAAAAAUUUCGUGCAGGCGAAAACUUGUCACGACAUUUGUAGCCACUUCAUUGACACUAGGCCUACAAUCAACCCCAUUAGCAUUAGCUGAAAAUUGGGGCGUUCGAUCAUUUUUAAGAGAACAUUUCUUCGAGCCCGGGUUAUCCCCUGAAGAUGCAGUAGCACGAAUUCGUCAAACAGCAGAUGGACUACAUAGCAUUAAGGAAAUGUUGGAAACCAUGUCAUGGAGGUAUGUCUUGUUUUACAUUCGUCUUAAAUCAGCUUAUCUUAAGCAGGAUAUGAAGAAUGCCUUGUCCAGGGUGCCUGAAAGCCGAAAAGAGGCUUUUGUUAAAACUGCUAAUGAGCUGACUGAUAACAUGGCUGAGUUUGAUUACUAUAUUCGAACUCCAAAGGUAUACGAAUCUCGUGUAUUUUAUGAGAAGACACUGAAAUCAAUUGAUGAAUUGGUGGCAUUACUUGCAUAAUAUCAAGAGUUUGCACAUCAGAGGUGAGUGAAUGGUACGAAAAUCGCGUUGGAUUAGCAAAUGUAAUGAGACUGCUUCAGUAAGUGGUGAAGAAAUAUUGAAAUUAUAUACAAUAGCAGUUGAAAUAGUCUCAUUUCAUGUUCAUUAGUUUGUUCAGAAAAGGAAAAGGAAAAGGUUCCUUUGGCUUUCUUCAAUUAGCAAAUUGAAGGCUAUGAGUAUAUAAUUUGGAUGGCCAUUUCUGAAACCAUCUAUAUUGUAAAUAACAGUUUCUGCUUAUUGAAAUGUGGAUUGUUCUUAAGAUUUUGAAGAUGAA